UUUAUCUUAGCGUAUGAGAUGAGCUUUCACUUUACAGUAAUGAUACAUUGUGAUUAUUAUAGUGACAAAAAAAAAUGUAAUUAGUUAUACACAAAAAAAAAGAAAUAUGGAGGAACUAUGGAUGGAGUAUCACCAAUGUCAAAAAGCAAUGCAAAAAGAAAGUUUAUGGCAGAAUAUGCUGUUGCAAUCUAUAGAAGAAGGUUGCAAAAACAACUUGCUGUUCACCUACAGCUCUGAGUUUGCAAAUACACUUGGCAGCCAGUUUUUAUCUGCGAUUGACGAGCAAUGUGCUUUAUGUGAAGAUGAACCUCAGACUCUUAUAAAGUACUUAUCCCAAGGGCCUGGUUGUCACAUGCUUAUUGCUUUAAAUUUGUAUGGAGAACAGGUGACCACUUGCUGUAAUGAACUCUGCACACUUCUACUAUCCAUUACACCACUAAUUUUUCAAGGGAGCAAGGAGAAUGACGAAGAUAUUACAAUACUACCAGUAAAAGCAAACCCAAGCUCAUUUAAAUCACACUUCCAAGCUCUAUCUCAAAAGCUUAUAGGACUGCAAUCAAGCGUGAAAAAUAAAUCCAGUUGUUCGUCAAGUGAACUAUCUGAUUCUGCUAAUAGCAAAAGGGAAACAGAUGUUAUAUGGGCAAGUUUAAGUGAAAGAAUAAAAGCAAUUUCAAUACCUAGGAAGGAAUUGUUUUAUCAAAUUUUAUCAGCAUUUUUACAAUUAGCACAGAAUGAUUACAUGUUGCGAGACACGGCUAUAUAUCUUUCAUUCAUAGAAAAAUGCUUGCAUGACAUGUCUAACGAGCACCUGUCAACACAAAAGUAUAAGCUGUCGCAUUAUCAUUACUAUGGGUUAAUUCAAAUUGUAAUCGCCUUACUGAAUGAUGUUGUGAAAACAAAAGAUGGAUUAUCAAUGGUAAACACAACAGCAUUUUACACUGAACUUUUAGCACAUAGCCAGAUGUUUGUUCAAAACAAAACAACUACAGUUUGUUUGUAUCUAAGCCUCUCCACUAUCAAAUUAGCUGUCACGGUGCUCUGCCAGAGUAUUAAUCAAAACACUUUGUAUGCAGUACCGGAAAUCCUAAAGCUAAUCGAAAAGUUUUUAGAGUUGAGUUACUUUCAGUUACUUAGAAAAUUAGCUGUAAGCAUUGACACAGAGAUUGGGAAAAACGAUAGAGAAGAAAACCGUGCAUGUGCUGAGUCUGAUACAUAUUUAAAACAUUGCAUUCUGUGUUUUGAUCUGAUCUUAAAGCAAUUGUCAAAGAUUAGUAAACAAUUAAAAGGCUUAAAGGGUCAAUGUAGUGAUAAUGUUGCCCGUCAAAAGCAGUGUGAGACUUCAAAAUUCAAACAUCCACACAUAAGACGUCCAGAUAAGAAUAAACGCCAAAGUAACAACUCUAGUAGCAACGACAUUGAAUCUGAUUUGUCGUCUCGUUCAGAAAUCGAAAAUCAAUCAGAUGAUGAAUCAGCAGAAAAUCUUUCAGAUUUUGACAAUUUCUUUGUUGGAUCUAGUGAUGCUGAAGAACAAAAGAAGUCGGUUGAGAAACCUAAAGCCGGAUUGAUUGUGCACAAGACAGCUGGUGCAGGUUGUUUUAGUUCUUUAUGCAGUCAAUUGUUUUCUGGUAUGUUUUCUGAAAUACAACAGCCUGAUUUACAGGAAUCAAUUGUGAAUGCAAUGAUGCAUAUUGGUGUAUGCAAAUGUGUUGAUUUAGAUCAAUAUUUAGUUGGUAUUUCGUCAAGAUUACCACGUUGUGAAGAAAUUAUUGUUGAUAAAUCUCUGGCUCUUAUAUCUCAUUUGGUAUCAUCAUAUUUUAACCUACUUAUUCAGACACCUAAGAUGAGGAAUUUAAGCAGAGGUGGCUCUAGUCGUCAGAGAAUAAGUCCAAAAUCUAUGGAACUGGAAACUGUGGAAGAAAAGGGAUAUGAUGUUGCUGAUGGUAAAAAAAAGUCGUACCAAUUUAUUGCAAAGUUCAAACAAUAUCUUGCUGCAGCAAAUGUUAUGUUGAAAGUGCAUCUUCUAAAACAUAUAAAAGCCAUGAUACAUAAAACACCACAAACAUUGCAAAAAGAACUAUUCUGUCGAGUUGUUCUCCCAAAUUUUAAAGCACUCUUUCCAACAGCUCAGUUAACACAAGAUGAUGUGGAAUUUUCAUCGUCUGAUCCUGCUUCCAUAUUAAAGUUAUAUUUGGAAGUGUUGUUGACUUUCUUGAAGCAUGAUGACCAACUCAUGUGGAUGUUUUACCAGCAGGAUUGCCUUGCUAUUUGCAAAAUACUUGCAUUAAGCAGUGAUGCAGAAGUGAGUCUCCAUGCUUUAAGUAUACUUGAAGUUAUGGGUGCCCUUCACAGUUCUAAUAACCCAUGUCAACAUGAAGGUAAAGGAAGUAAAACCAGACUAGGGACUUCUGAAUCAAAAUAUGACGAGAUUUCAAAGCAAUCUGUUUUAUAUCUUGUUCAGAUUUUUACAAAGCUUUGUAAUAAAAAGGAUGACAUCAAUUCUUUUUUCACUGAUAAUGAAUCAAUUUUGCUAAACGUAUUAAGCAUCAUAGAACACUUGCGUUACCAGAAUGUGGUAUUACAAAAAGAACUUGAGGAAGAGUCUGUAAAGUAUAGAUAUUUCAGAUUAUUUGAAGAUUUAAUAGCACAAGUGUGUGAAAGAAAAAAGACCUUACAAAGUUGUGAUGAAAAAACUGGAAAUGCUGAACAAGAAGGAGCCAAAAAGAAAAUUUACCCAGAAAUACUCCUUCUACUUGAUUGGUUGAAAACUCUCUUACCAUUGCAACUAAAAAUGUCGUACGCAGAUACCAGGAAUGAGCAAAGCAUUGCGAACAUUCUGGACAAGUUAAGAUCUUCCUUUCUACAUAACACGAUUAUAUUCAGUGAGUUGGGACAUCAAGUUUGCUUAGUCAUUCUGCAGUCAGCAACGACGUACAGAAAAAAGCGUAAACAUAACGACAGUAGCAAGAGUGGCAGAGAUGAGAACUUUUCAGGAAGCAAGUCACCUACCAGUAUGUCAAAUAAUGAUGAAAGAGGAAACAAGUCAUUUAUUUUGCAAGAGGAGAAAGGUUAUGAGGCAGAUCAGGAAUCAGAGGACUCUGAUAAUACACAUGCAUCUCGUUCCUCUCUAACAGUCUUCUUCGACCAUCACAAGAUGUCGUCAUCAUCAGCAAUUGUAGCGAAAUCCCCAAGUAACCAAUUAUCUGUCCAUAUUAUGCACCCCUGGCUAUGUACAUUUGUACUUGACUAUUUGGCUGAGGCACUCAUGGCGAAUAAGAAACAGGAAAAACUGGUGUACAUUUUGAAUAUUGUUCUAAACGAAAUACAAAGUUAUCAAAUGCUAUCGGCAAAAAACAACAUGUGUUUAUGUAAGGAGGGUUUGUUAUCCAUUUUAAUGAAGAAAUUUAGUUUCGUCUUUGAUGACGAUUUUAAUAAAGAAACUCAGCAUGUGAUUGGAAAAAUAAUGGUUCACCUUUCUAAACACAUGAUUGUUACAAACGACAUGAAGAUAUUUUUUGAACUUUUCAAGAAGUCGAAUGUGUCCAGGAAACUGCUAUCAUCUAUACUUUUAAACAUGACAGAGUUAGCUGUGAAAUAUUACAGUCCAUGUUAUUUUUUGUCAUUUCCAUUGUAUUUUGAUGAGGACCAUGUCCAUCUGCAUGGAAAGAAGUUACUGCAUAAAGCACAGUCAUUCUUAGUGCAUAAACAAGAUAAUAACGUAAAACAUUUGCGCUCAAGAAGUCAAAGUUGGUCAAGUGUUAAUGAUAUUGGGGGUACAGUUUUGAAACCUAUUGGUUAUAGCAGCCAACAACCUGCCUUGGAAUCUGCAAUGGUUCAGCUACCACUGGAAAGCAAAUUUGUAUGGCCAGACAAAGAGUUCAGCAUUUCCUUAUGGUAUAAUUUAGAAGAUAAUACUUAUCAUCGCUUUGAUCAUGAGAAAAAUGCCAGAAUUGACAGGAAAACAUAUAACAGACAAAGAAGUUUCUCUUUGGUGUAUGAAAGAUCAAGUGAAGCAGGUUGUGAGUAUAACUGUGAAGAGCUGUUCCAUUUAUGUUCUUUUGGUGGAACCAAUGCAAUGUUUGAAGUUUGGAUUGGAGCAAAAACAGGUUGUUUACAGUUUAGAUGGAUCACAGCAAACCAUGGAAGUAGCACAGAAGAACAAUUGACGACGUUUGAUCAAGUUAUCAUACCACAACCCUUGACGAUGAAUAAAUGGCAUCAUUUAGUUAUUACUCUUGUUUUGCCAUCACAGCCACAUACAUCUGAGAUUUUGACUAUUUUGGAUGGUUGUCAACUAGCUACUGUUCAAAUGAAGUACCCAAGUCGUGCUGUUUACAGACAAACAAAACUUGUUGCGUUACUCGGCCAUGGGCACAAGAAAGAUGACAAAAACAUUGUACUACAGCAUAACAGCAUUUUAAAAACUGGAAUGUUUAUGAUAUUUCAAGGUCAACAUUCUUCUAUGGAUCAUAAAAAGAAAUCCGUGGCAAAAACACACAGCCCUGUGAUUGAUAAAAUAAAAGCAAUCUAUCUUUACUCACUUGGUCCAAACAGCUCAAAUGUGAAUACAGAAUAUCAAGAACUUUUUUCCAAUCAAGUUGCAAGUCACAUGGAUUCGUCUUUGAACUGGGACAGCAUAGUUUUUAAGGAGCUAUCAUUUUGUAUGAAUAUUUUGUCAGAAGAAUUAAUAACCAACAAAUUUCCAUUGAAAUUGUUUGAGAGUCCAAUGGAAACCCUGGAUCAAAUCAAGGCUGAAUUAAAGAGAAGUCUGAUGCUGGUAUUCAAUCCGCAGUGCCACACAGAAUUUCGCCAGUUUAUACCCCAGUUAAAAAAAUCUGGCCAAAUACAACACAUUUAUUUGACUGAAGCAAACAAUGGUUCCCCAGGUGAAUCCUAUGAUGAAAAUAAUUUGGAAACCUUGUUGCUAGGUGAUAUUAAACCACACCAUAUGCAAACAUUUCAAGAUGCUGUACAUAACUGCGGAGGAAUGGCAGUUCUACUUUACCUCCAUGCUAUGGUUGCAGAAUAUGAGAGGUCUGAAGAAGCACAAUCAUCUAUAUUGAGAUCAAUAUUUCUUGUGCAAAAUAAUUGUUCUUUUCUUCUACGAGAGAUGAAUGAUUUGGCUGGUUAUGUUCUGAUUAGCAGAGUUUUAAAGUUAUCACCAUGUCAACUUAAUGCCGCAAUGAUGAGGGCUCUUCUUGAAUCAAUAUGUGAUGGUCAGAUAUUUGUUAUGGCUGACGAUGAACAAGAUAAGCGAAAUAUAGUAAAACCAAAGACCACAGCGAUUGUUAAAAAUGUUUGCAUCCUACAAAUUGUACUCAAGGAUUGGCAUUUGAUGAACAGUGCUACAACUGACGUGCAAGAAAUGUUUUGGAAAGUUAUGGAAGCUUUGAUAUGUCCCGAACAUCCUAAUGCUCAAUUUAAUAUUAUGCAAUUUCAACGAGCGAGAGUUGUUGAGAACCUAUUGACUGGUUGUCAAGAACUGCAACAGGAAAAGGUUCCACAACUACCUGCCCCUUUAUGCAAAUUGUACAUUGGGGUAAUAAAUAACCUUCUUGGACAACCAGUUGAUCUACCUGUGUUAAAAGCUAUUUGCAGCUUCCUUAUUGCAAUUCAUCCCACUGUUGAUACAUUAACUUUACACUCUGCGUUGAACUUUUAUUUAAUCGCAAAAGUUACAGCUCCAGACGUUAACUUACGAGAGCACUCUUCACUGCGUCUUUCCAAAAGCGAAAGAAACCGUCGAACAGCAUCAUUUAACGAAGCUGAUUUAUAUAUGCGAGAAUUUGAAUCUCAACUUCACUCUGGUUCACCUCAGGUGAUAUUAUCGCAAGAAGAUUUAUCAACUGGAAGCGUUAUCCAAUCAGAAGUAAUCAUUCAUCGACCAUCAAUUACAUCCUUUCAAGAAUUUAUGGACAGUACAAACUCUUUAAGUUUUACUGAUCAAGAAAGCAACCAAGAAUCUAGGGCAGGGUUUUCAGCACAAAUUUCAUCAACUCCUUUUAAAGAAGCACAGUGCAUUGUUGAUGGUGGUGAGAAAAUUGAAUCAAAAGUGGAGAAUUCUAAUGGUCCAUCCAGUGGAAGGCCUGCUCCAAGAAUCAAAGCUAAAUUAUAUGGGCAUCGACGUAUUCAAUCAGAUGGGAAUGUUAAGUUUAAUACAAGUGUUGAAUCUCCUCAAUUUAAACCAAAACCACAAUUGUUAUCAACAGAGUCGCAUGACUAUGAUAUAAUUUCUGAUUCGGAAUUACAUUCAUCAUGUGAGGGACACGAGGAAUAUUUAGUUGUGGAUGGGUUUAUUGAUCAAAAAGUUGGAAGCUUCACACCGCAACUAGCAAGAAAAGAAACUACUAUUAAACAACUUGAUGUGUUGUAUCAUUUGCGCCUUGGUUUAAUGAAAUUACUUAAAACGACAUUGAUGUUAUUGCCAGAUAAGAUGGUAACACGUGUGUUUGGUGCUAUAUUGAAGGUUGAACACUUGUUGGCCUUAGUGCAUCAGCCAUCAGACAUACUAAGAGAAGUCGCGUUAGAUAAUCUACUGUUAUAUUUACAAAGGGGAGGAAGAGACUGCUUAGCUAAUUUUAACCGAUUCAUGGGUUGCCAUCUGUUAGCCAAUCAGCUUCAUCAACAUCCCAUCACUGUAAAAAUUAUCGAAAGUUGCAUCAGUCUUCUUGUUUCAAAAACACUUGUUUUGAAUGGAAACUUGCUAACAGAGAUUGACUCGAAAGAGGAAAAUAUAUGUCCAAUGGCCAUUGUACCUUGUUUAACAUUACUUGAGGGUUGCAUUCAAAAACCAACUAGCUUUGGUCUGCUUAUACAAUUCCUGUUAAAGGUAUUUGAUAAAGUAGAAAGUUUACCUCUAGUGGCAUUCGAUCAUGGCUUAGCGCAUAUUAUUUGCAAUAUUUUGUAUGGUUUAGCGAACGAAAAAACAGGAACAAUGCAGACUAGCUGGAAGAAAGAGUCAUUUGGUCACAUAUUAUUGCUUUUGGAUUGGUUGGUGAACAAGGCAUGCUGCACUUGCCAAUCGCUAUACUUUCAAAUGUACAAAGAUUUGCAUUUGUCACUGGAGAAUGUUGACAUAAAGGAAAAGGAGAAAAAAGGUGUGACUCCCCCUUUACUCUACAAAAUAUGUCACUUUCUGAGGCAUUACCUUAUACAAACCGCACUUGAAGUUUUCAAAUCCAGCGAUCUCUACAUCACUCAAACCAGAUUAUCAUCAAAGGGUAAAGCCCAGUAUUUGUCCACACCUGACUUAUUUGGCUCACCUGGAUCAUCAAGACGAGCAUCAACACCAAGAAACCUCCUCAACAAGAUACGAGGCUCUAUACAAGUCAUACCACCGCCGACAGUAGCAACUCCUGGUGAAAUACAGGAACGAUUUAUAGAUGUUGUCACAGAAGCGGUGAAACUUGCAACUCUUUUCAAUAAAGGAGAUCACACCACUGAGUGUACAGUAUUUGGCCAUGCGUUAAAAUUUUUGAAUGCUCAAGAGAAGCGUUCAAAUGAUGCUGAUAGAGAGUUCAGUAAAGAUCUGUUGCAAUGGUUUUUUCAGAACAUUACUUUAUCGUUGUCAAACGAACAAGACAAUUCAAGCUGGAGCCAGCUCCUUAGAGCAACUAAAGAAGAACUCAUUUUGCAAGCUAACAGAGUUAUUGUGCAUUUCGUAUCACCAUUACGAAGUACUGAAGUGCGAUUGCAUUUCAUCCAUCAAAUUAUGCAACAUAAGGAGAACAAAGCAGUACUUCAAAAUAUGCUGUAUGGAAACACAGUAUCAAAGACUCGUGAUCGAUACCUUGCUUGUCUUCAGAGUAUUUUAGCCAUACCUAGCUCUCAACUUUCCCCAGAAGACAUUGACCUCUUAAGUGAUUUUAAGAAGUUGCUCUCAAAAGUAAAUUUUGUUAAAUUGAAAGAUCAAAAGCUGUUAGAAGAAAUGAGAGAGCUAAAGCAUAGAAGAAGAGAAGAGGAAAUUAUAAAACGUAAAGAAGCAUACAAGCGAAUAAGUGACCGCAAUGCAGAACUCUGUCAAAACAUUGCAAAUCAAGGCAUGGAAGUGUCAAAGGUCAUUGUUGAAGAACAGGACCGACAAAGACAAAAGCUUUUGAGAGUUGUUCGAGGAAAUAAUUCUAAGGAUGUUGAAGUGAGAAAAACAUGGCGAAAUGUAAUACAUCAUUUGACACAAGAAAGAGCACCGUGGUAUUGCAAAGAAAGCUACCCUUGCUCGUGGCAGUUGGACCCAACUGAAGGGCCAUCACGCAUGAGAAAGAGGCUACAGCGAUGCCAUCUUGAGAUUAUGCCGAAAUUUUUUUUAGAUGGAGCACCAGCAAAAAAAAAACUUCUUUCAAAGAGUCAACUCUCCUACUUAUUUGCAGAACACUGUGAUGGAGAUAGACCAACUUACUAUAGUUUUAAAACAAAUGACACGAUUAGGUUUCUUUAUCACUGCAAAAGAGUGACACCAGCAACAAAGAAUACUGGAGAAGUGUUGAUAGGAGAGACGCACAUGUAUUUUGUUGGUGACGAUAUACUUCAAGAUAACAACGUCACGCAAGCAUUUUUUGGUGAGAGAGAUGUUGUAUCAAUAUCAUGGCGUUAUGAUCUUGAAGAGAAGAUAUGCCUUACAGGUAAUAAAGAUGUUCGUGAUAAUGCUCUUGAAAUCUUUUUAACAUCUGGAAGAACUUUCUUGUUGGCGUUUGAGAACAGCAAGAGUCGUGAGGAAGUGUAUGAACAACUGGUGUCAAGAGAAUUACCCAACCUCAUAACAACAACAACAGACUUGACUACGUUAACUAACAAAUUAAUUUUGGCUUAUUUUUAUUGGAGACUUCUAAAAUACAACUGUGAAUGCCUCGAGAGUUAUUUAAAUCAGGAAGUUUCUAUUUCAAAAUUAUGGAAAAAGAUGAGUGGAACAUCAAUAAAAAACACUAAGAACCUUUGA